CUGCCGGUCGGAGCGUGAGGUGAACUGAAUUUCAGAGCUGUGCACCCUUGGGCCCGAAGCACAUGCAGUGUCACUAUAAAUAGAUGCCACUCCUGCAGCAGCGAUUCCCUUCUCUGAGUGAACUGCUUGGCUUUGAAAAGACGCCGAAAUCAGAAGAAAUUUUCAAGAUUUUAUGGCUUGUUUUGAAAUCCGUCCACGAUACCCGAACACACAUGCAUUAACAGCUGAAUUACUGCAGCACGCCUCCUCAGCCUUCAGUGCAGUUUGUAGAGAGAUACACAGAAACCUGGAGACAAAACGGAAAUGCAGGAUACAGUUCAAGAUUACUCUGAUUACUUUCAGAGCUCUGCCUGCCUUACGGGCAUGCGACCGUCCAUCUCUGCGAGUCUCGAGCCUGGGUUGGAGCGAGGGGUCCCCUGGGGUCGUGACCUGUACACCUUUGUAACUUCAGCAGCAGGUCACAUGAUGAGGACCCUGCAGAAACCCAAGAAGAACCGACCAUCCAAGCGGCAGGUCAACCACCGUCGCUUCCUGCACAACAUGAUUCAGAGAAAAUUUGCAGAUAUUGAAGCAGCAAACCAGCGGUUGGCAUAUGCUCUUUAUUUUAAGGAUGAGGACAAAGGUGUUUCCUCUCUGUCAUCACACAAGCCAGAUUCACCUGACCAGUCAGGUAAUCCAUCUCAAAGUGGCGGUCCACAGGAUGCCGAUAAAAGCAGGCUUCAAACAGGUAUAGAUGGCACCUCAAAGUCUAUCAGUGUUUCCUCAAGUCAAGUAAAUACAAAAAGGAAGCAGACUGAAUCAGGGCAUCUUUGGAAACAUCACUCCAAAUCGCAGUCCUCCACCUGCAGAGCUACAGCGAACAAACAGAGCAAUAGGAUGCAGGAAAAGGGAAACAGAGGUCAUAAACUGGUGGAAAUUAAACCUAUUAGCUCCCCAAGAAGUUCUGACUUGUACGGGGCAGAGCUGUUUUAUUUUAACAACGAGAGUGAGUCGAAGCCAGCCGACAACCACCAAGAAGACACAGAGUCGACUACAAAUGACUUCAUUCAGCUUGGCCAAAAUGUGGACAUCUCCCCCUCCUUCUCCCCAGAGUUAUCUCCAUUGUCUCUUGACUCUUGUGAUUUCUCCAUUCAAGUGUUAACAGACCUCGCGGGCUGCGCGCAGGCUCAGAAGAGCUACUCCAACUUCUCUGAGGGUCAGCUGACUGACAUAAUGGAGCCCUUUUCCAUUGACAAUAAGGACUUAGGGGACUGUACUGACAUAGAGGCAUAUUUUGAAAGCAUUUGUGCAUGCCAUGGUGAUGAUGAUGAUAUAUUUGGAGACCGGUCACAUAACUUUACCGAGGUGGAUGAUCUCCACUGUGAAGGUGAGUGUAGGUAUGAAUAUGCAUAUGCAGACCAGGGACUGACCUCAGACCACUUCCAGGGUAACCACAGUAGCUCAGUGACCCUGAGACAAGGUGCAUACACGGAAGAGGAACAAUUUAACACCUUUAAACUCUGUCAAAGUACAGACAUCAACCAGAAGCAGAUCCCCUCCUCAGUCAGCUACCACUACAACGCCACACAGCUUCAGGCGUACCAGUGUUCUCAGGAGGAGAGCACCUGUAUGCAAGUUAACUGUGAAAAUAACCUACAGUUUACACCAUUUGAGGGAGUUGCUCAGUCCUUCACUGUCCCACUUAACAACGCUGAGCUCCGCCCCAUACCAACACCGCCUCAGGAAGACAACUGGCUGUUUACUGAUAUCCUGAAGGACAGAAAGUCACCUAGUUACUAGGAACACAUGCCUCAUCUUCUUAAAGAGAAUCAGACUCAACCGGUCUCAUACCCGAGAAGAAAAAUUCUCAAUGACUUCUUGUUUUUUCUUUUGUUUAGAGUAAAGACAACUUUAAAGACAUUACAACUUUUUUGUGAACACAUUUAAAAUGCUGUCCUUUUUGUUUUUUGAUGUUUUGCCUUUACUGAACAAUUGCCAGCUAAGUACAAAUACACAAGUUCUGGGAAAUAUGCAAUUAAACCAAACAGGUUCAGAGUAAAACUAAAGAAAUUCACUCUGUGAAUGUACAGUCAAUGGCCACUUUAUCAGGUAUAGGGUUGGAUCACUUUUACCUUCAGAUCUCAUUCAUCAUGACACGGAAACCUAAUCUGAUGGACUGCAUAACAGCGGACAAACUCCAAUCAAGGCUGGUCUGAUAUAAAUCUAGAAAUGUAUUUAUAUUAUUAUGUAUGUAAAUUUAUCCUUAAAAACUGGGAAUUAUGAGGAAUGAAGAAACAGUAUUUGUGACAGCUAGAGUAAAAAACUAAUAUAGA